GCUCUUAAUUCUUAAGGUAACUAAUUCGCUAUCAUUCACCAUCUGAACAGCACAGGGAUUGGCUCGUUUGACACGUCCUCGGGAUUGGACUGGUUCAAUACACUGUACAUGGAUCUGCCUCAAGGAACAUUGAAAACUACAGCUGGCCCAGAUUGCAGCAGCUCAGAUGUUGAUGAUAUACUUCAAGCCAACCACAUAACAAUUCUGAGGAAAUGGAAUGCAGAAAUUAACACAGAAACUAACAGAAGUUACAUGGCUCAUAUCUGACAUCAUGCACCACCGGUGGCUGCUGUUAGCUGCAUGCUUUUGGGUAAUAUUCAUGUUCAUGGUUGCUAGCAAGUUCAUCACAUUGACCUUCAAAGAUCCUGAUGUUCAUGGUGCCAAGCAAGAGCCAGUAAUACCAACAACUAUAACUGAAGGAAAAGAUCACAUAACAAAAGAGAAGAGGCUGCCGGGACAGUUUCAGACAAUAGGAAAAGGUCUAUCUGAAGACCUUGUACAUGAAGGCCUGGUCCAUAUAGAGAGGCUUGAACUACUCAGGAAUGUCUGCCAAGAUGCAUCUCUGAAAAACCUCACCCAUACUACUGUUUCCAAAUUUGUUUUGGACCGAAUUUUUGUAUGUGACAAGCACAAGAUCCUCUUCUGUCAAACUCCAAAAGUUGGCAAUACUCAGUGGAAGAAAGUCUUGAUUGUUUUAAAUGGAGCUUUUCCUUCCAUCGAUGAGAUCCCUGAAAACAUUGUACAUGACCAUGAGAAGAAUGGUCUUCCACGCUUAUCUUCCUUCAGUGAUUCUGAAAUUAAAAAAAGAUUGAAACUAUAUUUCAAGUUCUUCAUCGUAAGAGAUCCUUUUGAGAGGCUUAUUUCUGCAUUUAAGGAUAAAUUUGUCCACAAUCCUAGAUUUGAACCUUGGUAUAGACAUGAAAUUGCUCCUGGAAUUAUUCGAAAAUAUAGAAAGAAUCGCACUGAGACUAAAGGACUGCAGUUUGAGGACUUUGUGCGCUACCUAGGUGAUCCAAAUCAUCGAUGGUUAGAUAUACAAUUUGGAGAUCAUAUAAUUCAUUGGGUAACCUAUGUUGAACUAUGUGCCCCCUGUGAAAUAACAUAUAGCGUAAUUGGACAUCAUGAAACUUUGGAGGAAGAUGCACCAUACAUCUUAAAGGAAGCAGGAAUUGAUCAUCUGGUAUCUUAUCCUACAAUUCCUCCAGGCAUAACGAUAUAUAACAAAACAAAAGUGGAACACUAUUUUUCAGGCAUAAGCAAGAGAGACAUAAAGCGCCUUUAUGCCCGCUUUGAAGGAGAUUUUAACCUUUUUGGCUAUCAAGAACCAGAUUUUCUACUAAACUAGUAUCUAGAAAUUCUGGGUAAAUGAAUUUAAAUCUUAACUGUAAACUGUGUAACUGAGGCUCAUAUUAUUGCAAUGUUUCUAGAUUUUUCCAAAUGUUCUUUGCAUUUGUUGAAUAUUUGCAAUAGGAGCCACAAAGGACUGCCAAUUAGUCACUAAAAAAGUAUUACUACAUGACACUGCGAUAAAGCAGAGAAAAAAUUACUAAGAUAGUAAAUGUCAGACAUUCCUUUUUUCUUUAGCCAAUAGAGAAUGAAUGGACCAAUAAUCUGUAAAGAAACUUGAUAUGAAUACAAAACAAAACAUUUAGAAAGGACAGGAAAUAACAUGUCAAUGGUUUUACAAAUCUAUGGAGGCCAAGCUGAUUGGUAAGUAUUGUAUAACUUAAGGAAAAGACUCCAGAUCCUACCAUGGAAUCAAUCUGAAAGUCCUUUUGCUGUAGUCUUAUGAUGGUUGCUUACUGUUACUCAUUCAGGAAAUAACAGUUGCACAAAUUUUAAUUUGUAAACUCUGAGUUAUUAUGAGGUGAAAAAUCUUUUGCAAGAUAGCUAUGGACUCCACUGAAGAAAUUUUAGAGAACACUAAAAAAAUGAUUUUUCAUUUGCUUUGUAACCUUAAAUAAAUACCAGUACAGUAUUGACUGUGUAAUUUACCAGGAUCAUUAAGUCUAUGCAUUUUGCUAUGAUCUGCUAAUCCUACCCCCCCAGUGGUGCUAUUAUAAAGUUGUCACAAUGAAUGGGAUCAAUGUUCCAUUGAAACCUAGCAUCUUAUUUUUGGGGUUUCUUAGUUUAAGAAAUAACCAUACAUAUAGAUGAGGCAGCAAGCUGCCAUAAGGUAUAUUUAUUUCAUGUGUAAUAUGUUAUGUGAGUCAUUUUUGAUCUAUCAAAUCUUGAUAUUAUAAAACAGAUUACAAAAUUGACAAGCAGGUGCCUAUUGGUAUAAACAUGUACCAUGUUGCAUCAACACUCAUAAUGAGGCAUAAUUCCAUCCCUAUGCCCAAUAGUUUAUGUGGAGUUUUCACAACUGGCCACUGGGUUUGUUUAUUUCAAGUUCAUAAAAUUAAUAAAUUACCGGUAUCCUUCCUACCAAAAUAGUUAAUUUUUCCAAAUGAGUUUCUUUUCAUACUUUCACAGCAGAAUUUGCCAUAUAAAAUUAUCAAUGACUAAACAGCCAGCUUAAUCCAAAAUAUUGAUGUCUGUGUGAAUAAUAAUCGAAAUAUUAAUAUAAAAUGUAAAUGCCCAGGAUUGUAAAAGCAUAAUAUGUGUGUGUUAUUUCUGUUGGAUGAAGAAAACUUUUUAAAUUCACCAGCAAUAAAAUCUUAAAGUUGAUGCCUUUGUUCCCUUGGGUUUUCAGGAGGAACAAACCAGUUAAAUUUAGUUAGCAGUACAUCAUAAAUAAAUUUGGAGCAAUACUUUACAUGCUGUAAUAAGGUCUUAAUGACCUUGGCUAAAAUGGUGGAAAUGAAGAGAAAAUCUAUUAAACUGACUAUAAUUCUUAAGAACUUUUAUAUUUGUAAACUUUUUAAAAAAAUCAGUGCCAAAACUGUUCCUUUCUGUGAAAUAAAGACUGUGCUAGUGAGGCCUAAUUUCAGAAAGAUUCCUAAAAACUGAGCCAUUCUACACAAUAGAAACAAAGGUAGUGGAAUUCUUAAUGAGUAGGGGUGGGUUUGUACAACUGCUUUCUACUCUUCUACUUUUACCUGCAUGUAAAUAAGGCAUACAGUAAGUAAGUACUCUCCCAAAUUCUACACAGCAAAUUUGGUGAGGCGGAAUACCUGCGCCUGCAGACAGUAUUAUAUUUGUUAACACAUGGUUCUGUUUUACAAUUUUUCCAUCUCAACUGUAGCAAAUCUGGAGAAAACAUCAGAACUUUUUCAGGAAUUUUUUUUUUUUUAGUCUGGACUCCUGGUGAUUAGAUGGAGAAGUCUUCGGCAACAUUUUUCAGGAGUGAUUUACCUUUUCCUUCUUCCUAGGGCUUAGAGUUGCUUUCAUGCAGAAGGCAGGAUUAGAACUCAAUCUCCUGGUUUCUAGCCUGGUGCCUUUAAUCAAAACAAAUUAGCUCUUCCUCUGUGAUUAGAAAAAGCAUAUAAAAUAACCCACAUGUAGAUUACUGCUAUUUUUAUUUUGUAAUGUGUAGAAUGGUUUAAAUUUAUGUAUUGUGAAUUAUGGGAUAUUUUUAAUGUAGACUUUUUCCUGACAGAUACCUGUUCUGUGUAGGAAAAUUACAUAUUAAAUUGUUGUGUGCAUGAAUGGAAAGCUUGUGUGUACAUACUGCCACCUAUGUACGUACUCACAGCUUUCCUUCACAAAAGUAAUCUCUAUAAAAAUUAUUCUAUAUGAAGCUGACCUUACUAUUAGCAAGAAAAAAACAACAAAACUUAAAUCUUGUGCUUCUAAAGAAAGGAUAUUAAUAAGAUCUCUGACAUGGUAAGAUUAAAGUUAUUUUUAUAUGAAAUGGUAGGAAAAAAUAUGUUUAUUUCAGGAUUAAUGAGCUGAUCAAGUUAUUUCUCUGCUGAAUUAAAAUGGAAUAUGAGAAAUGUGUAGUAAAUUAAGGCCUUAAAAACUAGUUCUAAUAAAAAAGUGAACCUUCCCUUCCUUCCAAUUGUCCAGAAUACAUUGAGCCAUGUCUCUGUUCUCAAAAUAAAUAUGAAAUAAAAUACAGGUGAUUGUAUUUAUGCUGCAAAUAUA